CACAGACGUGGCCCAGAGGCCAGGGUGACCGGGGUCGGAGGGGGUUGGAGGGCGAAGGACUGAGACACUGUGGGGAGACGAGUGGCCCUCUGAACCCACCAACCAGAGGGGAAACUGGUGUCAGAAGUGAGCUAGAAACCUCGCUUGCAUAUGAAGCGCGUGUCGCCAAUUGUAAGACAAGUUUUAUCAAAAUGCGGAAAUCAUUUUUUAUCAGUUGAGAAAAACAGCAAGCCUCAGAGUAGUUCGUGCUCUCAAACAUCUCAGUCUGUCUGCCAGGCAGACGGUGUGGGUUGCAGCAAGGACCUCCACCCUCUGCCUCGAAGUGGGGGCUCCGAGGCGUGUAAGUGAUGGCUGGGGUCCCCAGAACACCUGUAGGCUGGGCCCUGAGGGCCUGACCCAGGCUCCCCUCCUGCCCUCCUUGCUGGUGAGCAGAAGGUCCCUGGGGAGCCCAGGACAUGCCUGGGAUGCACUGAGGCUGAGUCACCCAGGCUGGCAGGGCCCCUCAAAGCCCAGGCAUGGCCACCACCCGCCGGAGAAAGAAGGGUGGGCGGACCCUGUGCGGCAGGCACUAGAGCCUCCUGGGAUCUUGGGAACCCCAUUUUCGAGUCCCGCCCAUGGCCCCGCCCCUCCCCAGGAGGGAAAAGGCAGCUGCCGAUGCUCAGCUCACAGGCACUGGGACCUGGUCUGGAGGACAAGAGGACUGCGCCGUUGCCACCGCAGGCCAGGCCAUGGACCCCCAUGAGAUGGUCGUCAAGAACCCGUACGCCCACAUCAGCAUCCCCCGGGCUCACCUGCGGCCUGACCUGAGGCAGCAGCUGGAGGCGGCUCCCUCCUCCUCUGAGUCGCAGCCUCUGCCUGUGGGUUCCUGCCCCCUGCAGACCCCCCGCCUGCUGCAGCCCACCAAGGAGGCCCCAGGGCCCAAGGGGGCCAAGGGGGCCAAGGGGGCUGCCCCCGCCAAAGGCCAGCAGGCCUGGUCAAAGCCGGGCAACCCCUAUGGCAGCGGACAGCGCCCGGCAGGACUGACCUACACCGGCCUGCCGCCCAUUGGGCGUGGUGACGACAUUGCCCACCACUGCUGCUGCUGUCCCUGCUGCUCCUGCUGCCACUGUCCCCGCUUCUGCCGCUGCCACAGCUGCGGCUGUGUCGUCUCCUAGCUCAGCCCCACAGAACAGACCCCAGGACUCUGCUCAGGCAGCUAUGGCAGCGCUCGGACGUUUGGGGCAGCCACUGAGCCAUCGUCAUGGGCGCCCGCUGCUUCCCACUCCGGACAGGGACACCUACCCGCCGAGAAGGUCAAACAGCUCAGCUCAGGGCCCCCCAAAAUAAGCCCUGGGUGCUGGCUGGAAUGGCUGUCCCAGGGACACCCUGGACCACCUUCCUCAAGGCCCAGGGCCAGGCAAUAAAACAGAGCGAGCUUUG